AUGGCUUUAUUAUUUGCUACUGUAGCGGGUGCCAUGCUUAUGGUUACAUUUGCUGUACCAAAUCCUUGCGUUCACGAAUGCCCACCAGCUAUUCCACAGCAGUGUAAUCCUGUACCAAUAGUCUGUCCACCACAAUUACCCUGUCUACCACCAUUACCGUUACCACCACCACCACCACCCAUAUGUCCACUUCCUUUACCAUGUCCUGUGCUACCUCCUCUAUUACCACUUCCACAACUUCCAUGCCCUAAUCUAUGUCCUCCGAUUCAAAGUGAAGGUAAUCUGAUUAGUUUACAGACUCAACCUGCAUUAUUUGCUGAAAAUUCUUGCUGUACAGCUUGUCGCAAUCCAUGCAGCUUCCGUUCAAGAAAACGACGUGAAGUCGGUACACGUGCAUUUGAAAGAGCUGCAGAAAAUUUAAAAGAUGAUCCAGUUUGUAAUAAUGCAGUUUUGAGGAACAUCAUCAAAGAGAAUCUCGUGGAUGACGUAUGGUCAGCGAAAGAAAUGUUACAAAAAGCUAUAAGAGCGAAAUUCCCAUCCACAAUAUCAUAUAAUAUUGUUUGUGCUACGGGUGACUUAGCUUACACGGCUCACACGCAUGAUUUUUGCUUAGUUCAGCAUAACAACGUGUCGUGUUAUGUUUUCAGGCCUUUUUAA